AUGGGGCUCAGAAGGCAGAUCCACCGCGGGCACCCUGGCGCCGCGCCUGUGGCGGCCGAUGGCCCAGCCGGCGGGCUCCAGCGGGGCACCUGCAGGCCCAGCUCCGGCGGCGUGGCGCCCUGCGCCGGCACGUGCGCGGCGGCGCUGGCAGGGUCUGCCCUGCCCGGCGCUGCGGCAGCCGCCUCCGGCUGGCACGCUGGCGCUUCCAGGGGGGACGAGGCGCAUUUUGCCUUCGACAGCACCGAUGUUUCCGAGGAAGACAUCCAUAUGCUGGACACGAUGGAGAGCAUGAAGACCGCGGACGCCAUGCUUGAUGUCGUGAGCGAGCACCUGUCGAGGCUGACGACCGCGAUGAUCGCAGAGUGUCUCUAUCGCGUGGCGCGCAGGCCGUCGGCGCAGCUAGGGCUCACCCAGAACCCGCGCUUGCGGCCGCUGCUGGACAAGCUCUGGUGGGAGAUCCCCAGGCUGCAGACCGGCGCGAGGUCGCUUGCGCAGCUUGUGUGGAGCCUCGGGAAGCUCGACACGCGCGCCAACGCGCACUCGCCACCGCUGCUGCCGGGCAUGGAGGAGUGCAUGCUCCACAUCUGCAGCAUGUUGCCCAAGAUGAUGGCCAAGUGCACCCCGCAGGACCUCACCAACGCGCUCUGGGGCAUCGCGCGGCUCUUCCCUGGUGGCGCGAGCGGUGCGGAGGGCCACGUGGACCAGGUCAGCCUCGUGUCCCGCGCCAUUGUCCGCCAGUGCAUCCAGAAGGUAGACGUCUUGACUUCGCAGAGCAUCGCGAAUUCCUUCUGGGCACUUGCCCGGCUCAAGUUUUACGGGCCCGACGUGGAGCAGUACAUGAGGCUGGCCAUGGAUCAGACCGGCACAGCAGCGCAGCUCGAGUCUUUCACCCCCCAGGGGCUGGCCAACGUGCUGUGGGCCCUAGCCCAGCUGCGGACGGCGGGCGUCGGCCAAGGCCCCCAAGACAACAACAGCGUUCAGCUGACGCUCAUCGCCAUGGCCGAGGCCUCUGCAGGCCGCUUGCUGGAGUUCCAGACGCAGGAGCUCUCGAUGGUGGCGUGGUCGUACGCGAAGCUCUACGUCAAGAAGGGCCGCGCGUUGCUGCGGCCCGCAGCGGUGGAGGACCUGUUGCUGAGGCUGGCCGCGGUGGCAACGACCCAAAUCGACAAGUUCGAAGACCAGGGCAUCUCCAACAUCGCCUGGUCCCUGGCGACGCUGGAUCUCACUGGAGCCGCGCCCGCGCUGGCCCCGGCCCGGGGCUUCAUCGAGGCCGCGACGGCCCACUGCGCGACGGAGCUGGGGGGCUACUCUGCACAGGCUGUCGCGAACCUCAUGUGGGCUUGCGUUCGCACGGACUUCUCUGGGCCAGGCGGCGGGAGGUGGUCGACGAUGGAGCGUUUCUGCUCGGCCGUGGUCGAGGACAUGAAGCUGCGCAUGAGCAGCAUGGCCGCGAACGGUCUGGCCGCGAACUGGCGGGACCUUUCUGGCGUCGCUGUCGCACUGUCGCACUGGGGGCAGAAGUCGAGGCAGAGGACGCAGUCGAUGAUGACCUUCAUGUCCCUGCUGACCCACAAGGCUGCAGAGGGCGUGGCCAGGGGGGAGCUGACGCCCCAGCUAAUGCUCAACAUCGCGCAGUCGGCCGCCCGGCUGCACGCGCCGCCCGAAGACAUGCAGCAGCUGGUCGACGCCAUCGAUGCCUGCGUCGUGGCCCGCGGUCUCAGGCUCAACGAGCUGGACGCGCGGCAGUGGGGGGAGGUGCAGCGGUGGUGCCCGCCGCACAGGCCAGGCUCGGGCGACGCGCAGCACCAGUGGGCCCAUGGCGGCGGCUACUCCGCCUGGCCCUCGCAGCCGCCCGUGCCCUACGGCCAGCAGCGGGAG